GAGAGCAGAUUGAGCGAGAAGAAUAAAGGAGACAAGAAUGAAGAAGAAAAGGGAAAGGAAGCUCCUUCUAAAGACCUGGCCCGGAAACGAGGCACCAAAGCGGUGAAGGAUGUUAAAAAGGAAGAAAGUGUUCCCAAAACAGACACAAAAGUUAAAGCUGAAGCUGAGACCAAGGCCAAAGAGGAGAAGGCUAUCAACGAUAAGGUCAAGGCCAUGGAGAAAAAGCUGAUGGGGAAGGACAAAAAGGAGGAAGAGAAGGGUUUGGUGUCGAAGAAAGACACGGGGAAGGACAAAAAGGAGGAAGAAAAGGGCUCAGUGUUGAAAAAGGACACAGGGAAAGAUAAAAAGGAGGAAGAGGAGCGUAAAAAGGAAGAAAAGAAGGGUAAAAAGGAAGAGGAGAAGGAUAAAAAGGAAGAGGAGAAGAGCUCAGCAGCAAAGAAGGAGCCAGGGAAGGACAAAAAGGAAGCAGAAAAGGAUUCAGCAUUGAAGAAGGGCACAGGGAAAGACAAAAAGGAGGAUGAGAAGAGUUCAGGGACAAAGAAACAGGUGGAAAAAGACACAAAAGGAGAAGAUAAGAAAGAAAAAGAUGAAAAAGAAGACGAAAAGAGUUCAGCUUUGAAAAAAUCAAAGGCAGACGAGAAGGAGAAAUCCCCGCCAGAGACAGAAAAGGAGGAGAAACAGAGCAGCCCCUCCAAGCCCACCAGCAGCAGCUCCUCGGAUCAAGCCAAGGACGAUGAAGCCUCCAGCAUUUUCGAUGAGCUCAUCGAGAAGGUCAAGAACAACGACGCCGAGGUCACCGAGGUGAACGUCAACAACUCGGACUGCAUCAACAACGAGACCCUGGUGCGCUUCACCGAGGCGCUGGAGUUCAACACCGUGGUCAAGCUGUUCGCCUUGGCCAACACCCGUGCCGACGACCACGUGGCCUUCGCCAUCGCCAUCAUGCUGAAGUCCAACAAGGUGCUGACGAGCAUCAACCUGGACUCCAACCACAUCACGGGCAAAGGCAUCCUGGCCAUUUUCCGGGCGCUGCUGCAGAACAACACGCUGACAGAGCUGCGCUUCCACAACCAGCGGCACAUCUGCGGCGGGAAGACGGAGAUGGAGAUCGCCAAGCUGCUCAAGGAGAACACCACGCUUUUGAAGCUGGGCUACCACUUCGAGCUGGCCGGACCACGCAUGACGGUCACCAACCUGCUGAGCCGAAACAUGGACAAACAGAGGCAGAAACGCCUCCAGGAGCAGAAACUGGCACAGGAGCGUGGGGAGAAGAAAGACCUCCUGGAGGUGCCCAAGCCCGGAGCCCUGCCGAAGGGCUCCCCCAAGCCGUCCCCGCAGCCAUCACCCAAGGCUUCCCCCAAAAGCUCUCCCAAGAAAGGCGGGGCACCCGCCGCGCCGCCCCCACCUCCUCCUCCUCUCGCCCCACCGCUAAUCAAUGAGAACCUGAGGAACUCGCUCUCACCGGCAACGCAGAGGAAAUUGGGAGACCGGGCGCUGCCGGUCCAGGAGAAGAACUCACGGGACCAGCUCCUGGCAGCCAUCCGCUCCAGCAACCUCAAACAGCUCAAGAAGGUGGAGGUGCCGAAGCUGCUGCAGUAG